AAGUUUGAAGAGUCAUGCAUUAUAAGUUUAAGCUGUGCAAUAAUUAUGUUCAUAUUAGAGAAAUAUAGAAGAAAUCUUGAUAAUACAUACUACUAGUAAGGAUAAAAAUUUUUUCUUUGUAAAACACAUGAAAAUAUUACAUAUAUAAAAAAAUGUAUAUAAAAACGAUAAAUAAUCUCAAGCAAUUCUUACGUAUAAAUUUGUGAAUCAAUGCAUCUCGAGCUGUGCGUACAAAUUGAAGACACUGAAGUACAAGAGAACAUUAAAAAAUAAUGGAUAAGAAGUAAAAUAGAUAUACAGACGAUAAGCUCUAGCGCAAAGAUAACUUACGUCACGGAAAUUCUGAAACAAUCCUACAUAGCCAUCUUGUAAAACAGCGUUUGUGUUAAGCGAUUAAAUUUACAAUGAUAAUUCUCGGGCCCCUUGUAUUUGCUACUCGCAAAUUCUACCAAUUCCCCCCCUCCCCUCUUAUCGUUUUUAUUAUUGACUUAAAAUCCCCACUCAAAAUUUAAACAUGCAUGAAUCUUUCGAAUACUAAUCUCUUUGUAUGUUUAAACACUCAAAUAUAUAUGUAUUAAAAAAAAAUGAUAAUAGAAAACAUGAGAUAUUUAAGAAGCUUUUAAGCAAAUGAAAUAUGCAAAUCGUGAAGUCAUCUGAUCGUCCUCAGGAAAUCGCAUAAUUUAGCUAGUGAGUUUGAGGCCACUGUGCUGCCUACAUUUGAGUUUGUCUUCAUUAAAACCUCGUGCACAUUACAGAGGACCGUGUCGCCUAACAAUAGAGCGCUCGCGAUUCUAACUGUUCGCCAGUGAAAUCAUUAUCAUCGUCACCGUUUCACAGUGAUCGUUAACAUGAUAUCGCGAAAGUUCUGAAUUUAAAAAUUUUAUCUUUUUACUCUGCUUACUCUGCUUACUACUUCGAAAUUGUUUAUUCUAAUGCAUCGGCAACUCAUGGAAACGAAUAUCUGAUUUAUUCCAUAUUUACUUAUACACACAGCAGUGCAACACAAUCAUUUUGGAGACAAACUGUUUCUUUAUGAUAAACAAAUUAAUGAAAAUAUCGCGUAAGCAUGAACGAGCAAAUUUACAUGACUCUUUGGAAUCUGACUGGAUGCUUUUCCAAGUUUCUGACAAUGCGAGAAACAACAAGAAGAUACUGGGCGAAGUAAGAAUUCGUCUUAAGAAUGGGAUGCAAGACCAGCAUAUUGGAGUGCAUGAGGGACAAAGGCGAGCUGGAGAAAAGCAUAUCGUCAAUUAGAAGCUCUCUCGUUACAAGCGAUGCAACAGAGACUGACAAGGAUCAAGAAAGUCUGUACCUUACGUUCAGCAAGCAUCAAUUUGUCGCCGAAGAGGAUGACCACAAAAUAGCACAAUGUAAAACAGAUGUGCUGGAUAAUGAAGAUCAAAAAACAUUGUCCUUCGACAAUAACACGCAUGAUGACGGCGAUUACUUGACUAUCAAGGGGCCUCAAGAUCUUAGUACUUAUUUAUUAACAAACACCGUUCCUAGCAUCGUGAAAUUAUUAUUAGUCUUUAGCAAAGAUGAUCAGCAAAUGGAUAUACUUGCUACUACUGCGAGAAGAUUGGGAUGGAGUGUGUCAGUGGCAAAAGAUGCGGAAAAAGCGAUAGAGCUUUUCCAAAGUCGUGCUCACGAAUUAGUGAUUAUCGAUCAUAGAGGACAUCGUGCUGCCAAAGGCGAUGCUAUUUGUAGAGCAAUCAAGUCAAGUCCCGUUUAUCAUAAUUCUGUCAUUAUAGCACUCGUAAAAAAAUCAUACUUCAUGCUCGACGAGAAAGACCAUAUUGUGGCAUUGAACUUAUUAGAAACAGGUUUUAGUAGAGCACUGAUGGAAUGUUCACAUAAAGGUAUAUUAAUAAAUGAAUUAGUUGGUAUAUAUACUAGCUCAUUGUUGCCCAGAACUCAACUUGCCGCAGCACAUGCAUUAUAUAUUGCACUUGACAGGUGUCGCGAUAUGGUGCAUGUGACCAAUGAUAAGAACAUUAUACAGUUUCUAAAUAAAGUGAGCGAAAAAUUGUUAGGAUACAAGACAGAGGAAAUGAUGGGAAGAAAUCUCUCAGAGAUAGUAUAUUACGAAAAUUUCGCUCUCAUGGAACAACAAUUGAGUAAAGGUCGAGAAUUUGAAGGAAAUAUGAAUUGCAAAAGGAAAAACAAUCAAAUGAUUACGAUUAAUUGUAGGAUAAUUCCGUUCUGCACUACACUAAAAAAGCCAACUCAUUAUAUAUACGUAUACGAUACUACAUAUCUAUCAGAAAAUUCAGCGCCAAUAAGUCCAGUUGGUAGCCCAUUGCAUUCUCCUAUUAGAACAAGUGUAUUAUCGAACGCACGGAAAUCUUCGGAUGUUAGAUCUGGUAUAAGCGAAGGCCGUAGGCGGUCUAGCUUGCAAAAAUUGCAUACCUUGCAAUUAGAGGCUCCUAUUACUAAAGUUAUCACGCUCCUUUCAAAUGCAGUCACAGAUACAACUAAUCCAGAAACAGCAGCGCAGAUUGAUAAAGCAAUCGAUAUCUUAAAGACGACGGAACUUUACGUGCCGCAUCUUAAAGAAGAUAGAGCGAUGUACAGCGAUCCAGUUGCGACGGAUCUCGUUGGUGCAUUACUUUCCUCUACGCGCACACCAUGGGAGUCUAGAAGAUCGUCGUCGGAUUCCGCAAGAAUAUCUACUAUCAGAGCUAUCACAAGCCCAACCACUUCGCGGAUGCAGGUAAAAAAUUUUCAAGGACCGCAGGAAAUCGUGGAGAUAUUGGAUAGAAGCCUCGAUUGGGAUUUUGAUAUAUUUAGACUCGAAGUUUUAACGGAUCAAAGGCCACUUGUUUUUCUGGGAUCGACUAUUAUGAAUCUGUACCAAGUGCCUGCUAAGUUGAAUUGCGAUGAGAAAACUAUACAAAAUUGGUUGGCCAUUAUCGAGCACAAUUAUAAUACUGAGAACAGUUACCAUAAUUCAACGCAUGCCGCUGAUGUCUUGCAAGCGACCGCGAGAUUCAUGCAAUCAAAGAGACUCAAGGAAAUUUUAGAGCCCUUAGACGAGGUUGCUGCUUUAGUCGCCGCCGCAGCGCAUGAUAUCGAUCAUCCUGGACGAUCCAGUCAGUUUCUCUGCAACGCCAAUAAUCGUUUGGCAAUACUUUACAAUGAUCUGUCGGUUCUCGAGUCACAUCACGCAGCUUUAACAUUUAAAUUAUCAUUAUCCGAUGACAGUGUAAAUAUUUUUAAAAAUCUGGAGCGAGACACGUUUAAGCUGUUGCGACAAAAUGUCAUUGACAUGAUUCUGGCAACCGAAAUGACAAAGCACUUCGAGCAUCUGGCGAAAUUUAUGAACGUCUGCAGCGCAAGAAUUGGUGACGGUCAAGAGACUUAUGCAGAUUCUUUAGACAUGUCUGUGAUAUUGCAACCAGAGAAUGUAAUACUUGUUAAAAGAAUGAUGAUCAAAUGCGCGGACGUAUCUAAUCCUACGCGGCCACUAAAGUGUUGCAUCGAAUGGGCGAAACGAAUCGCCGAGGAAUAUUUUAAUCAGACCGAUGAAGAGAAAAGAUUAAAGUUGCCAGUCGUAAUGCCAAUGUUCGAUAGAAUGACGUGUUCAAUACCGAAAUCGCAAAUUGGUUUCGUCGAUUAUAUCAUCAAUGAUAUGAUUGAAGCUUGGGAUGUGUUUAUCGACAUGCCGGAAAUAGUGGGCUAUAUGCGGCAAAACUAUGAGAAGUGGAAAGAGUAUAAUGAACAAGGUAUAUCCACUCUGCAGGACGUCGAGAACCUACAGCAACAUCCCGAAAUGCAAAUAUCGCGACGAUCUUCGUGAAAAGCGUGCCGUUUUGUUUUAUCGUUACAUUUACAUUUGCAAUUAUUGCAAAGAAGUGUAUAAUAUUUAUAUAUUUAAGGAUAGAAAAUAUAGCGACGUCAUGCGCCGUCAAAUCGUUUCCAAAAAGAAUGUAUGCAAUUCGUCAUUUCGCGCGUCACCAGUAUCUUCUUUAUUUAUGUAUGACUCCAUUUCCUUUAAUAACAUUCGCUGUAUUAUCAUUUUAAAUAUGUGACACACAUUAGCAAGAUAUAUAUAAUAUAAAGUAAGAAAUACCUUUUUGCAUGCAGCUUCCGUGAUUGUUACUUGAAAUGAAAUCUUCGUUGCGGGUUUGAUGUAUAUUGAUUAUUAAAUUGUAUAUCUGGGAGCAGCUAAUAAAUAAAUAAGAAUCAUGAAAAACAUUGCGUCUGAAUUAUUUUCAACUUAAUUCCUUGCCUAAUUUAGCCGUUAAGUUUUGAUGGUAGUUGCUACCUAAAGAGGAUUGGUAUAACUUUAAUUAAAAAGAGACUCAUCAGUGUAUGUCGGAUUCCACUUUAUUGUUUCUCUUUAGCCAAGAAAUGGCGUUGGGCCUAUUUCUGUGCGCUGCAUGAAUACAGAAUUAAGUAAACAAGAAAAAGUCAGGUACAAAUAAAUCUAAGCCGUAAUGGAAUUUUCGAAAUGGAAUUUCGCGUAAUUUUUAUCAACGGAGCAUAUGGUUCGUUAUGCAAAUUACAAAUUUUUCAUUGUAUGUUAAUACAGGAAGUACGCACUCACUUUUUCAAUCUAAAAUCACUGCCCUGACGUAACGUUAUCGUGUCUAAGAACAAUAAUUGUGUUUAUGCUGUUACAAAUUAGAAAGAGUCAGUAUAAUAACAUCAAUAAUCCAUCGAGUUACAAGUGUCGACUUAACAGAUGGUUACUAAGUCACAUUUAUCGUAAAGAUUCUUACGUCUGCUGACAUAUGUUACAUAUACAUAUACUUUACAUAUCAUAAUACUCCUUACAAAACACACGAAUAAUCAUGGCCGUUUUAUCCAGUAUCAACAAAAUAUUAAGUUUUAUUCCUAGACGAUGAGACAAUUAGAGUGUCGAGUUCAGAGUUUAUUCGAGAAGUCUGACACACAAACAUGGAAUAUUUCACGACAAUAUCUCAGAAUAAAGAUAAAGACAGCAAUUUCUUAAGAUAAAAUUCUUGCCCCAAUUAUCGAUUAAUACGUUAGAUCUAAAAAUGUGAUAUCGAGUGACAAGUAAUACUACUCGAUAUUAGUAUAAUUCUAUAGUAAUAUAGACAGAUAAAGUAACUUAAUUACGUGCUUAUUGUUACUACUAUAAUGCCACAUAAUUAUGAUUCAUUCGAAGAUCUAGAAAUUAUGCUUAAAAUUAAAUUACUCGCGUUUUCGAUACACCUGCCACAAGUGCUUUGCCAAAUUUGUGAAUUUCUUUCGCUUUAAGCGCCGUUUGUGCCAAUAAAUAAUUCUUCUUUUUACCCCUACAAAUUAGAAUUUGUCGUUGACUAUUCUUUUCAAAAUCUGAAACUUGACUUUUGCUUAAUAAAGAGUUUCAAUGAUGAAUAUUUAGUUGGAAUUUGGUAAAGAUAUUUUUGCUCGCACGAUCUAAAUAUACUUAUUUUACAAAAUGCAAUUCCCCACACAUGUUGUUCAUUGUUAGUGACAAGUACUAUAUUUUUAGGCAAAAGGUGAGUCAAGAGCUAUUUUCGAGAUUGUUUCAUUAGCACUUGCCGCUAGUAGAUGGAAUUCGCGGAGUAACGAAGUAGCCUAGUAUAUAUGUAUUUUCACGCAAUACUUUCCUAAAUUAGGCUUAGCACUUAAAACUUUAUGUAUUAGUGAUUACUUGAUGCUUACUUUAAUACUUUAAGUAUUAAUAGUAUAUAUAUUUAAAAAUUUUUUUUUUUGGUGACGUGCACGUCAUUUUUUAUAAUUGUUUUGUUUUAUAUCCGCAUGUAUUAUUUAUGCGCAUAUUUAUGUCCAUAUUAUUCCGCGCCGAUUGCUGUCUUUAUUGGUUGUCAUUGUCAAAAUUAUCUCGCGUGAAAUGAUGCACGCAAAACUGAUCAGAUACUUAUUCUUUCAUGCAAAUAAAAUAUGCUUUCGUAAUUAUCAGCCAAAGUGAUUAAGUUGGGGAAAUUCAAGAUUGUUGACGGCUCGACGGGACUUCCGCGACAAUCUAUGUCGCCAAUUAUCGCGCAAAGACAACAUAACACCGGCGUUAAUCAUAAUUUUUCAUAUAUGUAUAUCUAACGAGAAAGAAGCAAAUCGAAGGAAACGUAUCUUAAGAAAAAUGCGUAUAAUCCAAUAUCCUAAAAUAAUACGCGUAGGCGUAGUCCGUAUUAAAAAAAAAAGAAAGAAAAGCGCUUUUAGCACUCUCGUGUUUUUUUUUAACUUCUGGUAACCAUGCAUACCUAAUAUUUCUUCACGAAGGCAAAGUUUUAUCAAUACUUAGAUCGGUAUUUUAUUCACGAUAGCGAGAAAUGUCCAGCAUUUGCUACAGUUUGGGAACAAGCCAGCAUGUAAACUGAUCGUUGCGAAUGAUUGAAGAUGCACUGUGUCUAUUUCGAUCACAGAUUUCUUGAUUGAUCGAAUGAAAGCUUCGGAAAAAAUAUUUUGUUCAUGUUACGUUUAACGAUGCGACAUCAUUCUUUCAUUCGUUAUAGCAUAAGAGAUGUAACAUCGAUACUUUCUUCGGACGUCCGGUCCGUUUUUACAUUGAAGAUGACGAACAUUGAUAAACUACAAUGUUCGAUCAUCUACUACAAUACUUCAGAGUCGCGACAAUCCAUAAGAAAUUUGCGUUAAUUUCACGCAAAUAGAAAAAUCUCACAUUAAAUGAAUAACGUUAAUUUUAGACGACUAUUUCUUUACUAUCGUAGACAAAUUAUGCAUCGUCAGUUCAUUGUCAAACUUUUUUUCACUUCAAAUGUUAAGGCGUAAUGCCUCCUGGCAAUUGCAAGAUAAAUGAAACCAGCAAGAUCAAUGAAAAUCGAAAUAACAAGAAUACAAGUAGAAGUAGAAAUAUUAUCGCGAGCAUUAUGCGGAGCCAAAUUUUGACAGCCAAAAUCCCACUCGUGGGAAGUGUAUUCUUAGAAGAACGUCAGUGAAUGUGUCACGUGACAUUGUAGAAGCACGCCUCCGCAUCACGGCGUCGAGACGCCGAUGACGCCGAUGACGCCGAUGACGCCGACUAUUUAAGAUGGACCUGCAAACUCGCGCCGAAUCAGAAAUCAACUCGACUCUGGAAUCGUCUGGUGACCUUCAAGUAACCGAUCGAAUCUUCACGUUUCCACGAAAAGUACAGUAGCACUGUUCUCAUUGUGUUUUCUCGCGAGUGUGUUUGUGUGUACCAGAAUUCCCGCCGCGUCCCCAUUAGUCCUAAUAGUUCGUACAAACCCAAUUAUUCAACGUACAACUUACGGGUAGUCUUAGAAUUACUUAAAAGUAACGUUAACCGUCUACUUCUCCACUUUUGCUUUUAUUUUUAGAUCAAAGUGAGCUUACGCGAUACGUUUUGUGCGAAAUAAUCUUAAGCUAACGGUCCUUAUGUCCACGCUCGCAAAAAUCUCCCCCAGUUAUUUCCGCGAACGAAUGCGUGUGUUAUCUACCUUAGUUGAGAAGCAAGAAAAAGUGACUGGGAAGCAUUUUAUCGCUAGUCACGUAUUGUGCGACCGAUAUUUGUGUUUGAUAGUCUAAACGCGCGUUUAGAUGCGUAUAAUGGACCGUGUAGCGGAGAUGAAGAUGGGGGGAGAAGGGGGGGGGGCAUGUAUCUUUAAACUAGUACCUGUGCUAUCUGCGAUUAAUCGUCAUUGUUGUUCAGUCGCUUGGUUGGUCGAUACUUAAUUCCCAAUAAUCCGAUUCAAGGUUGGACUUUCGCUUAACUCUCUACUUAUGCGAAUCUUAUGCGAAUAGACUAGCUUUACAAUCUCUCUGUUGAGCUUUCGGGACUUUAAUGGCUUAUGACUAGCCUACUUUAAUGGAGUUCUUCGAAUUUUCUUUGAAUUUUCGUGAUGGAUCGAGAGAUAUUUUGCCGCGAUUGUAAAACCUAAUGAUCUUCCUUCGAUCUAUAUCUUGAGUCGUUCGUAAUAUUUAAUCGAGUCGCGUUUGGCUCUGCGCGCGAAAAUUUUAUGACGUGAGAGAUGUUCAUAAAUUUACGGAAUUAAGUAUUUUUGUAGAAUUGUCCCACGUGAUGUGAUAAGAUUCGCUUAAAAAUUUACCUAGCUCAUCAAAGGGAGAAAAUUUCAGUGAGAAUGAAAAAGAAUCGUACACAUGUAACACUUAAUGAGUGCCGUAGAUAGCGAAUGUUGAUUUACAUAUACGCGGAUCUAAUAGCAUUCUUAAUCUAGACCUUAAUCUAGACUUUAAUCAGAGACCUUAAUUUAGACCUUAAUCAGAGACCUUAAUUCACAAUUUAUUCCGUAUUGAUGAUUAGCCUAAAUUUUAACGACAUGUAACGGUCGAGAAAAUGGCUCUUAUUGUGACAUUAAAUUUUAAAUGCAUGCGGUAUCUCGCUAACGACGUAUAUCCACUCCGGAAUGGAUGACUCGGAUUUUUGGUAAGUCUUCUGUAUAUUGAGGUGUACUUCGGCCGUCGUAGGAUCAUGUGAUCAGGUUUACACUAAGAUCAUGUGUGCCUGUAUUCGUCCUUGUUUAUUAAUAGUUUUACACUAGUCCGAUAUUACGUUCAUUGCGCUUAAUUACGCUUAAUGUAGUAGUCUUAACUCGAUUAAUUAUCCAUGAGAAUUAAUUAGUUUUACUGCUUAAAGGCUUAAAAUUAAUUAAGUCUGCUGUAUUGUAGAGAAUUAAUUAUGCUGUACUGAAUAUGUGAUUCGAUUGCUGAACUGCCGUUCAUUUACGCCUAUUUCUCGCCCGAGACGUCUAUACUUCAUCCUCCUACGUCCUUCUUAAUGCAGUUUUUAAAUAUUUUUUUUUUUAAAGAUCGAGUAAAACACCGACCAACCAUUACCGAUUAUUACGCUGAUUUACAGAUGUCGGUUGUGCCGCUCGUUUUU